UUUUUUUUUUUUUUUUUUUUUAAUGGUUUUUGGAACUCCAAUGGGUGAUGAAAAGGAUUCUUGGAAAGUGAAAACCUUGGAUGAAAUCCUUCAGGAAAAGAAACGAAGGAAGGAGCAAGAGGAGAAAGCAGAGAUAAAGCGCAUGAAAAACUCGGAUGAUAGGGAUUCAAAGCGGGAUUCUCUUGAAGAGGGGGAGCUGAGAGAUCACCGCAUGGAGAUCACGAUCCGCAAUUCACCAUACCGCAGGGAGGACUCCAUGGAGGACAGAGGAGAAGAAGAUGAUUCCUUGGCUAUAAAACCACCACAGCAAAUGUCACGGAAAGAAAAAACCCACCAUAGAAAAGAUGAGAAGAGGAAAGAGAAACGGAGACACCGCAGUCAUUCAGCAGAAGGGAAACAUGCCAGAGUGAAGGAGAAAGAACGGGAGCACGAGCGUAGGAAGAGGCAUAGAGAAGAGCAGGAUAAGGCCCGACGAGAGUGGGAAAGGCAGAAGCGGAGAGAAAUGGCGAGGGAGCAUUCCAGGAGGGAGAGAGAUCGCCUGGAGCAACUUGAGAGAGAACGAGAGAGAAAAAUCAGAGAGCAGCAGAAAGAACAAAGGGAGCAAAAAGAGCGUGAAAGGAGAGCUGAAGAAAGGCGUAAGGAGCGGGAAGCCAGAAGAGAAGUUUCUGCACACCAUAGAACAGUGAGGGAAGAAUAUGGAGACAAAGUGAAAAUGAGACCCUGGAGUCGCAGCCCAUUACGACAGCAGAGAGACAAGCCUGAGCAAGCAGAUAGCAGGAAACCAGUGAAAGAAGAAAAACCAGAGGAAAGAGACCCUCUUUCAGACUUGCAAGACAUCAGUGACAGUGAGAGAAAAACAAGCUCAGCUGAGUCUUCAUCAGCGGAGUCUGGGUCAGGCUCAGAAGAAGAGGAAGAAGAGUCGAGCAGUGAAGGAUCUGAGGAAGAGGGAGAAGAAGAGGAGGAGGAAGAGGAGGAGACAGGGAGCAAUUCUGAGGAGGUGUCAGAGCAGUCAGCAGAAGAGGUGAGCGAAGAAGAAAUGAGUGAAGAGGAAGAACGAGAGAAUGGAAACCACAUCCCAGUUGUUACAGAGUCGAGGUUUGAUCGCGACUCAGCAGGCAGUGAGGUUGAGGAAGAGGAGGUGGGGGAGGGCAGCCCUCAGUCCAACGCCAUGACGGAAGGAGACUAUGUUCCUGACUCACCUGCUUCUUCCCCUAUUGAACUGAAACAGGAGCUUCCUAAAUAUCUUCCUGCCCUUCAGGGGUGUCGCAGUGUGGAGGAGUUUCAGUGUUUGAACAGGAUUGAAGAGGGAACAUACGGCGUGGUGUACAGAGCAAAAGACAAAAAGACUGAUGAAAUCGUGGCUCUGAAGCGACUGAAGAUGGAGAAGGAAAAGGAAGGCUUCCCCAUUACUUCUCUCAGAGAAAUAAAUACUAUUCUGAAAGCACAGCACCUAAAUAUCGUCACUGUCAGAGAAAUCGUUGUAGGUAGUAAUAUGGAUAAAAUCUAUAUUGUUAUGAACUACGUAGAACAUGAUCUCAAGAGUCUGAUGGAAACAAUGAAGCAACCAUUUCUACCAGGUGAAGUGAAAACCUUGAUGAUCCAGUUACUACGAGGAGUCAAGCAUCUUCAUGACAACUGGAUUCUUCACCGGGACUUGAAAACUUCCAACCUGCUGCUCAGUCAUUCAGGAAUUUUGAAAGUUGGAGAUUUUGGAUUGGCCCGAGAAUAUGGAUCUCCUCUGAAGCCUUACACACCAGUGGUGGUGACACUUUGGUACAGGGCUCCGGAGUUGUUGCUUGGAGCCAAGGAAUAUUCAACAGCGAUAGACAUGUGGUCAGUGGGGUGCAUCUUUGGAGAACUCUUAACUCAGAAACCGCUGUUUCCAGGGAAGUCGGAAAUUGAUCAGAUUAACAAAGUUUUUAAGGAUCUGGGUACUCCAAGUGAAAAAAUCUGGCCUGGUUACAAUGAGCUGCCAGCUGUAAAGAAGAUGACGUUCACAGAAUAUCCCUACAACAAUCUACGCAAGAGAUUCGGAGCACUCCUCUCUGAUCAGGGCUUUGAUCUGAUGAACAACUUUUUGACGUACUACCCGGCCAGAAGAAUUACUGCUGAGGAUGGUUUGAAGCACGAGUAUUUCCGUGAGACUCCCCUUCCUAUUGACCCCUCCAUGUUUCCUACAUGGCCGGCCAAAAGUGAACAACAAAGGGUGAAACGUGGCACCAGCCCCCGCCCGCCCGAGGGAGGCCUUGGGUACAGUCAGUUGGGCGACGAUGAUCUGAAAGACACCGGUUUUCAUCUGACCACCACGAAUCAAGGAGCAUCUGCUGCUGGGCCCGGAUUCAGCCUCAAGUUUUAAACUCAGUGAGAAGAGGGGGAAAAAAAGAGAACCGUUCACGUGAGUGGAUUUCUGAGUGCCCCAGUUCUGUUCUUCACGUCAGGGAAACUAGAUGGUUUUCAGCGGGGUAAAGUCAGAUGUCAUCCCAGAUUCAAAGACUUUUGCUGGGUGUGGAGUUUAACUGCUGCAUUCCAUUAGAGGACUGGAAUUAACAGGAAAAGCCAAGGAUCGUUAUAAAAUUUGACAGAGGAAAACUUGAAGUACAAUCCUUGAUCCCCUUUUUUUCUUUUUUUUGGUUCUUGUUCUUUUCUCCUUGUAAAUUUGUAGAAUUAAAAUGCAUUUUUGAUUGUUUAACAGCGUGAAGGAUGUCAUUUCCUCACAUGCAGCAAACGUGGAUGUUGGUGGCAUUAAGUCUUCUAGAGUGGAAAUGUGAGGAUUUAUUUUUUUUUUUAAUUUCUCUUUCCUCCCCCCAUCUGUGCUGAUGUUGUUGUAGUUGCUGUCAGUCCAGCAAAAGAACUUUCCUUUUUUUUUUAAAGUAAGUUCUUUGUGUCUGAGUGUAGUUGCUUGGUCAAGAAAUCAUAAUGUUUAAGUUGCUUCUCUCCUGUUGUGUACCUUGGAGAAAGCUAAGCUGGGUUGGGCUCAACACCCACUGACAUUUUUGAGUGAACUACUGGGUUGAUGUGUUGUAUAAAUGUAUUUACAAUGGCACUGGAGCAAAAAGUGUACUAUAUUGUUUUAUAAUUCAAAAAAAAUUAAUAUUGAAGCUUUAUUUUCUAGAGAACCUUCUUUUAAAAAUGUCCUUUUUCCACAAAAAUAACAACAUUUCAUUUUACUGGUUGUAUAUUGCCCUAUUCCAGUCUUUCCUCAUAAGUGUCUUCUGAGUCUCUGAUUUACAAUGCUAUCAUCCUUUUCUGGGAACAGGAAGAUUUGGAAAAUACUGGGGUGUUCAUGCAGUCAGAACUGGGCACCAGUCCCACCAACAGGCGUAGUGAUGAGCAUCCAGUGCAUUGGAAGAGACUUGUUUUGGUGGUGCUGGUUUUGUUUUCAUUGAGUGAAGGCCUUGGACCUGCUCUUGGGAGCUACCAGAAUUGUACAUUUUCAAAGCUGUUUUUUUUGUGUGUGUGUUGAUGAAGCACUGUUUUCUCAUUAGGCCUGAUUGUGGUGCUCUGAUGGAGAAACAGUUUUUCUGCUAGUUUACUAACUGUAGCAACGCAUGGUUUUAGCAAAGUUUGGGUAGAGGUGAAGAGCAGAAGCUUAUUUAUUUGUACUGAAGGAUGUGAGAAGUGAAAAGUGGACAAAAAAGCUGAAAUACUAAUGAUAGAUAUUUACUGGAACAGGUGCAUCAUUGCCCGUUGGAAAGCAUUUGUUCCAACCUGGGCUAACAAAUCUGGACCUCUGAAUCUAAUAGGAGUUAUUUGUUUUUAAUCAAACAACAAGUUAGGCAAAGGCAAGUAAAGUGAAAACAUUUCCAGGACUGUUUCACCAGGAACAGAGCUAUGGAACUCAAUUACUUUGAAAUUGUGUCAUCUCAAAUAACUGAUUUCAACCAGGGAAAAUCUGCAAAGAUUCAUCUUUUAAAAAACAUGGAGGUUCCAGUGCAUAAGAGUGUGGUAAUCACAGCCUUGUUGUAGGUUAGGGAUUUAUUUUGUUGUUGGCUUAUUGCAAUUUUUAUUUUUAUAAAAUGAAAGUGUAUGCCAAGAGAAAGUGAGUUUUGUUGCUUACCUUGAGGGUAUCACCAUAUCUGUCAGGUGUUUUCCAUACUAAUUUCCAGCAAAUGGAAGCUGUCAUGCCGUGGUCCUGGGCAGGAGAUGGAGAGGUUUUUUUUGGUUGGCUUCUUUACAGAAAUUCCUCUUUCUUUUUUUUUUCCUGAGUUCCUUGAAGAUGAUGUUGGUUUGAAAUUGCAGCCAGAACAGAUGUGCACAGCAGUGCUGGGCCAUGCCAUCUGUGUCAUGGAACACUGGGUGCAGUGCAGAGCUGUCUCAUGGCCUGCUGUCUUAAACUGUGACUUUUUUCCUUGGUUUCUUUUUCCACUGGCCUUGAGGUCAGCUCAGUUUUGGAAGGUGACUUCUUACAGGACAUUCGUGGGGCAAAGCAGGUCCUUAGCUGCAACUCCAGCAAGGACAGUGCCUGCCAGAAGCACAGGGCAGGUGGAGGUAAACAGGAUUUGGAGAAACAGCACAAAAGUCAGUUAUCAUAAAUGGUAUGUGUACAAAACUGUUAAGUUGUGAAAUGAAGAACUUUGGAUCUGCCCUAGGAUUAAGCAUCCUUGCAAUUGAAGUGCUGACAUCCCCUUGUGAGAGCUGUUGAAGGCUGUGCUGAUCAGCUCCCUGUUCUUGUUUCGUUUCUCCAAAUCCAAAAGACAGAGCUGUUUUAAGAUGCUUGGAUCCAUGUGGUGUUGCACUGCUCUGUUAAAUGGAGAUGUGCUAAGUUCAUGCUAGAUAUCUGCCAGUAAAAUUACUGUUAUUGCAAUUGUACCAAACUGUUCUUAUUAGUUUCUUACUUUUCCCUUGUGCUUUUGCUGUCCUGGUACAGAGCUCUUCCUAGAAUGCUGACCUAUUCUGCAAUACAUGAGAUGCUUAAGGUAGGAAGAAACGUGUUUGAAGAGUUUAAGACAGCAACUAAAAAUGGACGAACCUAAGCAGAGAAUGAUGUAGGCUGCCUUAAUACUGGAUAAGGAUCUUUCAGGUACCCAUUAAAUACAAUGACUGUCAGGGUUUGUAACUGCACAUCUGAAUUGCCAACUGAUAGAUGUUUGAGUGCACUGGGCUUCGCCCAGGAAAAAAAUGCUGCUUCUCUUCUGGAUGUGGCGCAUCCACCUCACCUGUUAAUGACUGGGUGUGAUGAUGGAAAUGAUCUUACCUCUGUUGAAGGGGUCAAGAAGCUUAUUGAUCAGACACCAAAAGGAUGAGUUAUGAGGAGCUGCAGAUGGAAGUAGAUGGUAUGCUGGGCUAAGAUUACACAGACAAUAAAUACACACCACAGGAAAGUAGUUGGGGGGUGGAAGGGAGAUAUUCUGUGCAUAGCUGAACUGAGUAUGUCAAAGUGUGAAAUGGAGUAAUUUGGCUUUGUUGUGACCCUAGAUUUUCCUUCUGCCCACUAGAAGGAAAAGUAAUUCUUUUUUUAACGUUCUUAUAGACCUACAUGUCGUGAUAUAAAAAAGAUAAAAAACCACUUACAGCGCAUUUACUGGUCAUUCUCUUUCCACAAUACCUCUGAUUCCAUUGCAACAUAGCUGAGCCAUCAGUCUGUUCAUCCAUGUGUUUGCUGAAGGGUUAUGUUCUCGUUUUUCAGCAGUCCACUGAUCCAGGUUAACUGCAAAAUCUUACACUUGAUUUUUUUUUAAUUUCUUUUUUAAUUCUCUGUACAACACAUGCUUGAUGAAUUCUUUACCUUUAAAACUAAUUUGGAAGAGUUGUUUUAUCCAGUAACAAAGUCCCAGAGUCUCUCUUGCUCGAGGUACUGAAGCAGCUGAUUUAGGAGUUCAUUUGCACUACUGGCGUUUAAAUACAAAAUGCUUAAGCCAGAUUGUGAAUCUGAAAUAGAGAAGUUCUCAUGCCAGAGCUCUUGUUAAUGUCUCAGUCUGAUCCUCCAGGAAUAAGUGGUCAAGAUUCUUUCUUUUUUCUUUACUAUACAAGUGUAAGUUCCUUCAUUAAUUGCAUUUGCAAUGAUGCUCAUGUGAUCCUCAUUUAAGGAUAAGUAACCUGGAUAUGAGUAUUCCAGAAGCUCCUUAUCUUUAUACCAGCUGUCAUAAGAAAAAUAAUAGAAAUUAAACUAUAAAAUAUUCAGUACAUGCAGCAUGUGCAUUGUCCUUCUCUUUGCUGUUAAGCUGUGCUUGAGGCAGGCACUGCAGCACGGAUGGACUUGCACAGUAAGAUUUAACCUCAUUGUCAUUGAUUUCACCUGGAUGGUGGCAGUAAUAACAUGGUGUCCUAUCCUGAAUCUUACUGAAAACAAGUAAGAAUUUGGUUCCUGAGUCUAAACUAACCCCUGGACUUGGACAUAUUUCUCUCAAGUUUAAAUGCAUCUAGAAGUAACGUGCUCAUAACUUUAUCCAUUCAAUUCAUGGUUAAUUCUUAGUAAAGACAGUAGGUUUUUUUCAGAAUACAGCCCAGGGACUUUGACAGAGGUAAGAAUUAUCCUUAUGCUAUAUAUGUGUAUUGGAUUUUAUCUUUCUUCUGCUGAGCUUACAUCUGAUAGAUCUGCUUCUGAAAUAAAUGCUUCACAGUGUUAUAAACAGUAUUUGCACAUUCCCUUCCCACAGUUAGUCUGCCACCCCUCCUUCUACUCAAGAGUGCCAAAUCAAAGACAGCCACAUGUUCCAAAAGCUGAACUGCACUCUCAUGUACUUUGUUUUGCCAUACUUCCUUAUUCUUUCUCCUUGGGGGUAUUUAUGCUGCAGAGUAUUCUGAAAGACUGGAAUAAAUGACAGAGCACUUA